AUGGGAUUUACAUUUUUGUUGGAGGUUCUUCAAUCCCUGGUUUUGUUCGGGACACUGGGAGCCGGAUUCUUGGUUCUGUUGUUUUUAAUGCUGGAUAACUGCAGACACACUCUUGUAAUGGUAGUCAUAGUAACAACUGGCCUGGUACACGAACUGUAUUGUGCUUCUGUUUUAGGAUACUUCAAGCGUUUGAUGCAGAUAGAAAGUCUUCGACCUGAGGACGAUGGCUGUAGAGAUUUCAGUGUUCCCACACUGAUCGCCAAUGCCAUGAUUAUUACUACUGUUACUAAAUGUGUCAUUUCAGCCGCAGCUGUACGCAAGAAAAGGCUGAUGUACAACACUGUGAUGCUGCAUGCACUGUUAUCUGUUAGUCUUCUAAUAUGGCAAAACCCAGAAAAAUCUCGACACCAAACUCCUUCAAUGAAUUUGACCACCAAUGUGCAGGUUUAUUUUACCAUAUGUAGGAAUGAUGUGGUUGGGGGUGUUAUGUACAUAGUAAUGGAGUAUAUUCUAUAUUAUCUUCCUCUUGCGAUCUUGUACAUCUGGAUUGCUAAGAUCAACUGUACAUCAGACACAGGAAUUUCAUUUUGGGAUGUGACCAUUCUGAAAUCAUGUGCCAAGCUCAACAUGUUCUGCAACCGGUGCAACAAAAUGAACUAUGCAGUGCAGAUUGUUUUGUUUUACAUGGGCAUUGGGAUCAUGGUUGCUCGUCCAGUGCAACUCGUGUACGGAUUUAUCCAUAAUGAGGCUGUUAUUGACAUCAUUCCAAGCCUCACCAAUACUGUUGUAUAUUCAUUCUUGUCACUUGAAUAUUUGACGGAUUUUUCAAGUAUCAAACAUAAAAGCGUGAAGUAUAAUGACUUCACAUAAAACUAUGUUAAAGAAGUGAUUAUUUGCAUAUAAAUAUCAUGUAUUGAAAAAUUCUACAUUUAUAACAA